GAAAAUAAAGACAACAAUUUGUACCCUAAAAAAAAUAAAAUGGUGUCAUUGUUCUCUGUUGUUUUUACUGGUCUUGCUCUUAUUCUCAUCCCUGGGCUCUUCAUCUCUUGGCGUCUAAGUGUGCCUAUAUCCUUCAAAAAUGUCCUCGGAUUCAUUAAGCUCAUAACUUCUCGGCACGAUGAUGAGGAAGAGAGGAACGAGAAACGUGACGAGGGAACUUAUGUGAACGUGGGAGAGGAGGGGACAACUUCAGGGCUUGUGAGAGAGCUGAUGCCGAGACACGUGGCAGUGAUAAUGGACGGAAACAGGAGAUGGGCCGAACGGGGCGGAUUGCUGACGUUACAAGGCCACGAGGCAGGAGCCAAACGGCUUUUAGAGUUCGCUGAUCUCUGCUUCAAACUAGGGAUAGAAACAGUGUCAGCUUUUGCUUUCUCCACUGAGAAUUGGGGAAGACAAAAGGUCGAAGUUAAUUGCUUGAUGUUUUUGUUCGAAAGAUACCUCAGCUCAAAGUUACAAUAUUUCAAAAGAGAGGAGAUCCGAGUUUCUGUUAUUGGGAAUCUUGAAAAGAUCCCGGAAUCUCUCCUCAGGACAAUUAAAGAGCUAAAGGAAUCUACGAAGAGCUACAAGAAGAAGCAUCUCAUCUUGGCCAUAGAUUACAGCGGGAGAUUCGACAUCUUGCAAGCCUGCAAGAAUCUUAUGAAGAAAUCACAACAAGGUUUGAUCAGUGAGGAAGACGUGGACGAGACGCUUUUCGAGGGAGAGCUUGUGACAAAGUGUGCUGAGUUCCCAAGUCCCGAUCUAUUGAUUAGGACAAGUGGAGAACAGAGGAUUAGUAACUUCUUCUUGUGGCAGCUCGCUUAUACGGAGCUCUUCUUCUCACCGGUCCUUUGGCCUGAUUUUAAUGAAGACAAGUUGCUAGAGGCCCUGGUUUCGUACCAGUGCAGGGAAAGACGAUUUGGACGUCGGCUUUGAUCGCAUAUGAUCAUCCUAUGUUCUAUAGAAGGAUCUAGGAGAUCGUAAAUAUCAUUGUUAAUAUUGGAUAUUUAUUGUAUAAGCUAUUCACAUAUACUUGUAUAUAUAUAUAUAUAUAUAUAGUUUAGGAAACAUCUUUAGUAUAAAUAGAUAUGUAACCCUAACCAUGAUCCCUAGCUAUAUAGGUUUUCAAACUCAGUCCAGCUCUACAAAAUAUAAACUCAGCCCUAUUUUAACCCUAAUUCUAUGUUAACCCUAAUAGUUUAUGCAUGAAGGAUUGGAUAAGGGCUGA